CUGGUUUAGAUGGAAAACGUUGAUUGAGAUAUGUGGACCAGAAUGACGAAAAUGUUGACAUUCACCUUGUUUUUCUCUGUUGUUCUUCUUAAUUUCUUCAAUCUUGUUUCAAGUGCAGAUGAACACAAGUUUAAAGGUGAGAAUUACACCAUUAAGUGUCCUGCAGCUCACAAAGAUGCCCUGGGUGUGUAUCUGAACAGCAGACGGGAGGUCAGCCGUGAAGUUCUCUAUUACUAUUUUGAAACUAGCAAGAUAUCUUUGCAUGAUGACUACAAAGGACGUGUUGAAGUCAAAGUGGACAAAACAACUCUGAUCAUAGACAUCUUUAACCUACAAAUGAAGGACACUGGGUCUUAUUGGUGUACUUGCAAUUUGUUUAAACAAAUAUGUGAUAUGACUACAACCAAAGGUGUUUUUCUUUUGGUCAAUGAGGCCCCCACUGAAACAGCUCUUGUCACUGCUAAAAAAUCCCAUGGCAUGAAUGGUAUCCUGAUACCGGUGGUUGCUCUGACAGUUGGGAGUGUGCUUUUACUGUUGACUCUGGCGGCUGGAGUGUGGCUGGUGCCCAAGAUAAAGGAGCAAUCCAGAAAAUAUAAGGAAGAAGAGAAAAGACGUGCUAAUGGAAUAUACGUGGACAUGAGGUAUAAGACAAAUGACUUCUAAAUACGCAAGCACAUAAAUAUACUUUGUGUGAUUUCUGUUUCCAAAAUGUAGUUCCUUUUUUGUAAACAGCUUCAAUUUAAUCUGGCCGUAUCUUCUGUAAAUAUGUUAUCAGCAUUAAAUGAGUGAUUGAGUUUGGCCUAUAGCUGAAUCUUGAGCCCCAUGUUUAUAUUUGCUUUACUUUAGCAACAUUUUCUGUGCAUUGUUUCAAAUAAAUAAUUAAUGUGGUACGUAUAUCUAAUGUACUUUUAUGUCUCUGUAAUGUAAUUACAUAUGAAAUGUAAAGCUUAAUUGGUUUGUGUAUAAAGAUAC